GCGUCGUGCCCCUUAGCAGGUACAACAAAUAUAAGUCUCACAGCUUAGCGCCUUUGAGAGAUUUAGUCUUCUUCUAAAGCGGGUUCCAAGUCUUUUUGCCUCGGCCAAGUUGCUUUUAGUGUUGUGCACGCGUUUGUUACCAAAUGAAGCAAUGAUUCCAGUGAUUCACAUUCUUCUGGGAUUCAGCCUGGUCAUUAGAGCUGGUUCGUCUCAGAGUAAAGGGUUCAGAGGCGGCGAGAAGAGUUAUGGAAUCAAAGUCGAAGCCACAGCGGUAGGGACAAAUCUAGAGUACCAACUCCCUCAAGCAAAAGUAAAAAGUUCGUCUGCUACUGACUGGCAAGUCGACAAUGAUAAUGCGGAGAUGAUCAGCGCCAUAAACACGCCAGUUUUUGCAACGGUUUACACUACAAAUCCAAAAUUCAGCGUCAAGGGGCAAUGGCCAGGGUAUACUUCAAAAUUUAAAACACCAAAAGACGUAGAAGUGGGUUCUAAAAAAGAGAAAUUACCGAGGAUACGUUCUAUACCUGAAUUAGCUUCAGGAUUCAAUUCAGGAUCAGGGGAUGACGAUCAAUCAGAUUCCGAAGGAAGUGCGAAUAGGCGAAGUUCCAUCGACAAGGUCGUCGCUGAAUUAUCGGGAGACAGCGAUUACUCUGGCGAUGAAAGCGGAGUUUCUUCGGCCUCUGGCGAGACUAGCAAGAGAGCAUCUGGAGUAAGGAGCGAAAAAGUUGACCUCAAAGCGUCAGACGAUACAAAUCAUACGGUUUCCAAGAAAAGAUCAAUAAAAUUUGUUCGAUUAUCCACGGACUCAAAGCUACUAAAACCAAAGAGCGUUGCCAAGGACGUUGCUAUGGCUCUAUAUGAGCCUGGAAAGACUAGGUCAGAGGUUGAGCGACCAGAAAAGAGAAUGAGCGUUAACAGGAGAGAUUCUAAGAAGCUCAAAACGGUUACUAAGGAUGUUUCCAAGGCUGUUACUAAGGAAGAUGAUAGGAAAAUUCCUAAGGAAGUUUUUAAGAGUGUCACCAAGGGUGUUACUAAGGAUGUUACUAAGGCAAUAGUGACUAAUAAACAGGAAAGUGAGAUCUCCCUCGAUGAGAUUAUGAAGGCUGUAAAACAAAUCAAAGGUCUCGACCUGAACGACAAGAAAACCAGCGAAUCAAUCAAGAAAAUUAUUCACAAUGCAAAAAGCGUGGUGCAAGAAGCAAAAUCUGUGUGGCGAGACGUAGCCAACGUGGUUAUGAGUGUAAAAGAUUUAGUUCAACGGAAGUUCGAAGAAGACCAAAUCACCCAGAAAGAGAAAGAAAAAGCCAAAACGAAACUGCCUAACCUUCCUGAUGACGUCAUGGCGCUGGAGAAGAGCGCAUCGCGGGCUCGCAAGGAUGCGCAGACAGCUGCGCAGCAGGCGCGUUUUGCGGCUGAGAAGGCGCAAGCGGCGUCCAAAAGGGCGGGAAUGUUGGCCGAGAUGGCAAUGCGUGGCGAUAAAGACAAAGACCUACAAGCUGGGGAAGCCAGGAGCGGGGUAUCGACAAGACGAAGAGUUUUGAAUGAGGACGAAGUAAGCGAGAAAGGAGCAGGAGGACGAGAAGGUGGCGUGGAGAAUAAUGACAGCAGGAAAGAAGAAAACAGACUUGUGUCAACGAGCAUCAAGCAAACAUUGACCAAUAAAGUCAAAGAAUCGAGCCUUUCAGCUUUAAAGAAAGAGGGCGAAAAACGGCAGUUUUUACUAAAUUCAUCAAACAAAUCACAGGAAACAGCUAAAGUGAACAAGUCACAAGAUGCUAAAGAAACAAGUAAAAGAAGAAAACCGCGAUCUCAACAGAAAGUUUCUGAAACCAGCAUUAAAAUCGUUCACAACUUUAAAAAGCGCAAAGAUAAGAGAAAGGGCAAGAUUUCAAAAAAUCAACUUGAUGCAAGUCUUGCUAUUCUUAGAAGAUUACAAGAAAGACUGAGGAUGAUUAAGAUGAGAACCAUGCACAGAGCGGAAAAAGCUCAACGAAAUAGAGCUGGACUAAAUUCAAACACUAAAAUCCUGGAUGUUCGUAAAAAAACCUUGGAUGUUUACAAAGAGAUCCCGGAUGUAAAUAAAAAGAACUCGAAAAAACCUCCAAAUAUCCUGGAUGAACAUAUAAAGAUACCAAAUGUUAUAAAUAAAAACCUGUAUGACCAUAGAAAGAGCUCGGAUGCGCUAAACAAAAAGGCCCCACACGGACAAGAUAACAGACCAAAGGGAAAAAGCGUAAAAGAUCAAAUAAAGACGACUUUGCAAACGAAGGAAAAUGAUGCAAGCCAACUCGCGAAAAAUACUGACAUUUUACCAGGUCGCACAGAAAAAGGCGAGACACGAGAGAUGAAUAACAACAAAGCAAGUAUUUCACGCGUUCCAAAAGGCGACAAAGCGAAGAGAAAGAUGAGCCUUGGGGACCAGGCCUUUCAGGCGGCACAGGUAGCCAGUACAAACGCGCUGUACGCUAGAGAGAUGGAAAAGCUGGUAGCUUCGAAGGUGAAACGACUUCGAGAAGCCCAGAACAAAAUAAGACUCAUGAAGGAAAACGCGAAGCUCAGCAAAGACGAAAAGAAAAACAUCGAUCAACCGGGUGACGUAAAUGAGGUCGUCAAGGCGAUUGAGUCACGUGAUAAUCAUGUGACACCAAUAAAAAAUAAUCACCAAUCGGAUGACAUCAUCAAGGUCGUCGGGGUGACUGAAUCACAUAAGAAAAAAGAAAACAAAAAGAAAGACAACGACGGAGCAGAUGCCGUCAAUAAGGUGAUUAAAGUGAUUGAGUCAGAUGAUGGUCACGUGAACGAGGAGGAAGGGCCAAUUACCAAUCAUUCCGAUGACGUCAACGAAAUCAUCAAGCUGGUCGAGUCACGUGACGGUCACAUGACCAUAACAGACGAGUCCUCGGAAAGCGGAUUACUAGUCGACUCAGGAUCUGGGAGCGGCUCCAAAGAAUCCGGAUUCGCUGAUUCGGAGUCCAGCUCUCCUUUUUCCGGUAAUUACGAGGUAGAUGUUGAAUUGAGUCCCGCACGACUCGAAAAGAAUGAUGGAAAAGUGUCAGCGGAUGCAAUCAAGAUUGAGGAUUUUUCGCGGGACGGUAAACCCGCGGAUGGCAAGAUGAGUCCCGCGGCCAUACGGGAGGUCCUGAAGGCGAUAUCACGCGUGCAAGGGCUUCUGGGAUUUACUAUUGAACGAAAGGAGGAAAAGGAAACAAAACCAGUUACAAAGUAGUGACUAAUCAGUCGUUUACUUUUAUGGGAAUUUGGGGUCAAUAAAUUGUAAAAUAGAGACAGGUUUUAAUUAUUUCAUCAAAACCUCGUUGCAGUUUGUACCAAGAGAAUUAAGAUAAUUGAUUUGUACAUAGGCUCGCGGCUUUUAGAAGGUGGAUAAGUAAAAAAGUACCCGCCCCAGGAAAAUGGUUUUAAACGGAUACAAUAAUGGAGUAGAGGUAUAAUUUCAAGGACAUAUAGUAAUUUAAUCGAAAUCUAUUCCUUUAUAGUGACUACACCUUCACUGGAUAAGAGUUAAGGCGUUUUAUUAAAUAAUGAUCAGCUAUACAUUUUAAAAAGAACUAUACAAUAUUCAUCACAUGUGCACUUUAAUGAUAAGCGUAUUAGAUUUCUCUUUACAUUUAUAAACGCGUGUUUUUGCGCCAGAUUGUGAUGUGAAUUAAAAAACGGCUUUUUUAAUGCUCCACGGAUAUUUAUCGUGCGACGCGCGCUACCGUGGCCACCUUGACAGGAUUGUGAUGCAAACCAAUAAGAAUGCGAGAAUUUCCACUGGACAACCAGCGAGGCAAAGAAUUGCUUUAUUGCACAUCAAAGUACAAUGAAAUACUCCUAAUAGUUAUAGAGAUAGUGAAAAAAAAGGUUCUUGCUUGCUAAUUGGUUAAACUUUCUAUCGAUUGCCGGGGUUGCGCACGCCGCUCUUUGAACAGGCGGGCACAAAGAAAAGCCGUAGCGGUGCACGUUUAACGAUUACAGUACAUUCUCAUCUCUCUAAUCAAAUUCUAUUUGAUUUAUUUGAUCAUUGGUUCAUAUUUCAGGGGAAUAUCUUUUAAGCUCAGGAUUAAGGGAAACAGAAGAAAAAAAAAUACCGAAUGUAAACAAC